AUGCUUUACCUAAAUCAGAAAACAUUGAAAUAUACAGAUCUAACUAAAAGCUUAAGAGGAUGAUGAUCUCUUGGACUGGUUCAAGGUGUCAUGGGCAUCUCUCCAACAAGAAACUUAAAGAUCUGAACCCCUUUCUUGGAGGAAAUUAGGGUGUAUCUGUUCAGAUUAAAUAAAUUGAUAAGUCAUUUUCAAUCUUAUAAAAUCUUAAGCCAAUUUUGUUAG